UGUCACAGAGGCCGCUUCUUCACAUUUAAAAAAAAAAAAAAAAGUUUCCUUCUCGUUGAGAAGCUCUCUUUCAUUUUCUCUUCUUGAAGGGGAAUACCCAUCUUUUUCCCGCGCUUCAAAUUUUACACAGAUAAUGGGUUCUAAUUCAACAGCUGAAGAUUUCAACAAUGGCGACAUCAAUCCGCUGCCGUUGGAAUUUGAUGCUGGUUUUUUGGAUUAUGUCUCAUCAGCACCACCACCUAUGGACUCUGAUAUGCUAACAGAUAGCCAUGUGAAUGGAGAUUUCUUUGGAGAUGCAUUAGCUCCCGGAUCAUUCGAGUCAUCCAUAACGGGUCAAGCUGUGCCAUUCAAUAACAUUAAUAAUGUUGCUUCUUACGUUCAAUCUCCCCCUGCUUCUUUCAUCAAUGCUCAUGAGGCUCGGGUUGGGUUAAGUCCUGGAAAGAUUCAACGUGAGGCACAGCAAGAGCGUCAAGCAUACCAACCUCCAAUGAAUGUUAAUCGUUUUAAUAGCAUUUCUCCAAUGAGGACUACCGAUUCAUAUGCAGCUCCACGAGAUUCAAAAAGCCUUCUUGAAGAUUCUGGUAGUUACGAUGACCCAACUGGUGAAAGCAACAAAUCAAAUAGGGGCAAUGCACUUCCAAACAAUGCCAGCAAAUAUUGCACUUGUAAGGCACUCUGCUUGAAACGCUACUGUCGGUGCUUCUCACAAAAUUAUUACUGUCGAGAUUGUUCUUGUGUGGGGUGCUUUAACUCAAGUGGUUAUGAAGAUUCAGUCCGAAUGGCUCAUGAAGAUAUUAAGUUGAGGGAUUUUAAGAUGGGUAAGCAGAUUGCAUCAAGUUCAGGCAUGAACACAAGAUGUAACUGCACGAAGUCCCACUGCCGGAAACAUUAUUGUGAAUGUUAUAAUGUUGGCAUUGGAUGUUCUCUCAACUGUCGAUGUGCAGGCUGUCAGAACUUCUAUGGCAAAAGGCAAGGAACCGAGCCAAUUAUUCAAAGAGAAAAUGGGAGUGGCAGGAGGGAUUCAACUGGUGGAAGAACAGUAUUUGGGAGUUCAGAAAUGAUCCGACAACAACUUAUCUCGAGCACAAUGAAAAAUGGUCAGAUUGUUGUAAAUGAUAAUCAGUUAUCAAGCAUAGUGCCAGAAACAUUGACUCCAGGCUCUGGUUCUGAGCAAUCGGAUUUAAUUCAAGGACCAUCAGAUGUCAGCGAUGAGUAUCUGAACUAGAGAUGCUAAUCUACACCAUUCUGAUCUCCUGAGAUCUCUCUCGUCAAGAUGCAAUAUUGAACAAGCUAUAUCGGCAUAUGUGUAGAUCUUUUGGCAGAACUCGAUUACUAUAAACACUCAUAUAUCUUGCUAAUGUCUGAAGUGGGCUAACGUUAGACAAUACUGUAUACUGUUCAUUUUCAUAUGUUGCGUCUGAACAUCAUUUUAUGCAAAGUUUACCAAGAAUUUUUUUAUGAGAUA